AACAUGCUUUUAAUGGGAAGAAGUCAAGAAAUUAUGUCUACUUAAUGGUAGAGCACAUGCUUACACAUACAAAGCCUUGGGUUCAAUCCUCAGUACCGAAGAAAGGAAUGGAAUUUACAGAUGGCAGAAAAUCAUGGAAGAGUCAUAUGCCAUCAGCAGGUCAAAAACAAGAUGGCAUCAUUACACACAUACUAUGGCUCCCUAAUGCCGUCAGGGAUACAGAGCGCCAGAAACUCUGAUUUACUGCUGCUGAGGGUGCAAAACAGUACAGCCACUUUGGAAGUUAGUGCAAUGACUCUUUAUAAAACCGAAUGUAGACCACCCAUCAGCUCCGCCAGAAGAAGCUGUUCUCUAACCAAGCCUCUGGAGCCAAGUAAGUCAGAUCUGCCAGUGAACCUCCGGCCUUGAAAGUUGACAAGAGUGUCUGAUAACCCUAUCCAGCUCCUCGAUGGCCAGUAACAACACCGCUAGCAUAGCACAAGCCAGGAAACUGGUGGAGCAGCUGAAGAUGGAAGCCAACAUCGACAGGAUAAAGGUGUCCAAGGCGGCUGCAGACUUGAUGGCCUACUGUGAGGCACACGCCAAGGAAGACCCACUGCUGACCCCAGUCCCGGCCUCAGAAAACCCCUUUCGGGAGAAGAAGUUCUUCUGUGCUAUCCUUUAAGUCUCAGAGGAAGAUGAAGACCGCCAGGGCUCCAGGGACAUUGAUGUAGAGUUUCUAGCAAAGUGGGCGCCUUUCUGGUCUGCAGCAUUUAAAGAGAGGAAGGAGAACCAUCCUGGACACUCCAGGCUGUGCAUGUCUAAAGAAUUGUCCCCUUGUGAGAAUGGAAGCCAAUUCCACACCCAACUUUAGAGAUCUGACCCUGCAGACCUGUCUGGAGGAGGGCAAUGUAUAAAAAACAAAAUUGGUGUCACUUCUUUCCUGCUAUCCCUUUAAGAUCUUACAUUUCUGCUUCAUAUUUAAAAACAAAAUAAACAUUAAAGCCAGUGUCUUGAGCUGAAAAAAAAAAGAAUGUAUUUUUGCCAUUGAAUCCAGGAAGUCAUGAUCUUCAGUAUUUAUGCAAAGGAACUGAAACAUGUCUGCUCUAAUCUGCACAUGAACGUCUAUAGCAUCUCUAUUCACAAUUUGUAAAACUUGGAAGCAACCAAGGUACUCUUCAGAAGAGAAAUGGAUAGUCCAGGCAAUGGACUAUUGGUCAGGGUUCAGUGUGCUGUGUCAUUAAUACAUGAAGGAAGCUUAAGGGCACAUUGCUAAAUGAAAGAUUCCAACCGGAAAGAGCUACAAACUAUCUUGAAAAAGACCAAUUACGGAGACAGGGAAAACAUCGGUGGUUGCCAGGGACUGGGGGAAGAUGUAGGAACAGGCAGAGAACAGAGCAUUUUUCGGGUCGUAGAACGAGUCGGCAUGGUCCUAUAACAGUGGACACACACGAGGGGGCAACCCACAGAAUCCACGAUACCAGGACAGAACCCUAAUGACAAUGAUGGUCAAAGCAGUUUCAUCUCCUGUGGGAGAGGAAUGUUGAAGGCUGGGAAACAAUGAAUUGUGGGAAGUUUGAGGCAUAGGAGAAAUCGCUAUACCUGCCUCUCAAUUUUGCUGUGAGUCUAAAGCAUCUCUAAAAGCUUAAGACGAGUGUUGCCAGCAUCACUGUCACCGGAGGAGCUGUAAAUAGGGAUGGAGGCUGACAUUCGCGUUGGGCUCUUCCACCCCUCCCUCGCUUGCCAAGGUAAAGGCCCUCUUCACCAAGGGAGCCCCUUCACUGCUAGAUUCACGCUCUCUUCCAGGGAACCUUAAACCUGGCCUUGGUCGUCUCAGAGUGGCUGCAGAGCUGCCCCUAUGGGGCAGGUAGUCACAGCCCUGAGGAGUGAGACAGCUGGAGAGGAACAGGGCCAUCUGAUUACCUCCAGAUGUGUGAGCCUCCAGAUGUGUGAGC